AGAAUUGUCGCUGUUGGUCGCAGGCCAACUACUGACCAUGGAGUGACUUUUAUUUUGAAAAGCCGGAAGUCGUCGUGUUUUGAUAACGGCUGCGGAAGAGGCUGUCAUUUGCUCUCGGUUCGUCCCCCACAACAAAACCAAUAGGAAUUAAACGACAAAUGUAACCGUUUCACAGAAAGUCACAAUGGGGAUCACACUGAGACGCUUUCUUGGUGUUCAACCGUCGAAAGCGCUCCUGCUGUUGCCUUUUCUGUUGACAUUCGUGCUCGUCGGGAGCCAAGGCGAGGGCAAUGCGAUGGACAACGUCGCAACUGAGAGGAUGGCUGAGGAGAGCCACCGUCAGGACAGUGCCAAUCUUCUCAUAUUCAUAAUGCUCUUAACACUCACCAUUUUAACUAUAUGGUUGUUCAAACACCGACGAUUUAGGUUCCUGCACGAAACAGGACUCGCCAUGAUCUAUGGCCUGUUGGUGGGUGUGAUCCUGCGGUUCGGUGUCCACGUGCCCCAGAGCAUGAGUGACUUGGUCCUCAGCUGUGCUGUCAACGCCAGUCCUGCCACUCUGCUAGUCAACGUCAGCGGCCGAUUCUACGAGUACACCCUGAAGGGGGAAGUCAGCCGAAGCAAAGGUCACCAAGUGCAGGAUGAUGAGAUGCUGAGAAAGGUGACCUUUGACCCAGAAGUGUUUUUCAACAUUUUGCUGCCUCCCAUCAUCUUCCACGCUGGUUACAGUCUGAAAAGGAGACAUUUUUUCAGAAACAUUGGCUCCAUCCUGGCCUAUGCUUUCAUGGGAACAGUUAUAUCAUGCUUUGUUAUUGGGUUGAUCAUGUAUGGCUUUGUGUCCUUCAUGAAAGUUGUGGGUCAGUUAGGGGGAGAUUUUUACUUUACUGACUGCCUCUUCUUUGGGGCCAUCGUGUCCGCAACAGACCCAGUGACAGUGCUUGCUAUCUUCAAUGAGCUCAAGGUAGAUGUGGACCUGUAUGCUUUACUCUUUGGGGAAAGUGUCCUCAAUGAUGCUGUGGCCAUCGUCCUCUCUUCCUCCAUUGUGGCGUACCAGCCCGCAGGAGAUAACAGCCACAGUUUUGAGGCCAUGGCCAUGUUGAAGUCCUUCGGCAUCUUCCUGGGCGUUUUCAGUGGCUCUUUUGCUCUUGGAGUGGCCACCGGUGUCAUGACCGCUCUCGUUACCAAGUUCACAAAGCUGAGGGACUUCCCCUUGCUGGAGACAGCUCUUUUUUUCCUCAUGUCCUGGAGCACCUUCCUGUUGGCUGAGGCCUGCGGCUUCACAGGUGUAGUAGCUGUGCUGUUCUGUGGGAUCACUCAGGCUCACUACACCUAUAACAAUCUCUCCCCUGAAUCCCAGGACAGGACCAAACAGUUGUUUGAACUACUGAACUUCCUGGCAGAGAACUUCAUCUUCUCCUACAUGGGUCUGACUCUCUUCUCCUUCCAGUCACAUGUCUUUAACCCUUUGUUCAUCAUUGGAGCCUUUGUGGCAGUGUUUCUGGGCAGAGCAGCAAACAUUUACCCUUUAUCCUUUCUACUCAACCUGGGCCGCAAGAACAAGAUCGGGUCCAACUUUCAGCACGUCAUGAUGUUUGCAGGUCUGCGCGGGGCAAUGACCUUUGCUCUUUCCAUCCGAGACACAGCGACGUAUGCUCGUCAGAUGAUGUUUUCAACCACCCUCCUGAUUGUCUUCUUCACCGUCUGGAUCUGUGGAGGGGGCACCAUGCCCAUGCUGUCCUUUAUGAGCAUACUGGUGGGUGUGGACUCUGACCAGGAAAACUCUAGUUCUGCGGUGCUGGAUGGGUCACAGCGGAGGAACACCAAACACGAGAGCGCCUGGCCCUUCAGGAUCUGGUACAACUUUGACCACAACUAUCUGAAACCCCUCCUGACCCACAGCGGUCCUCCUCUCACUGCUACUCUGCCUGCUUGUUGUGGACCACUGGCACGAUGCCUCACCAGCCCACAGGCCUAUGAGAAUGAAGGCCAGCUCCACGAUGACGACUCUGACUUCAUCCUAAAUGACGCCAACGUGAGCUCAAUGUACGCUGACGUCACUGUCAGCACCGACGCGUCCGGAUCCCGCACCAUCAACCGCAAGCACUCCUCCACCGCCAGUACCGGGGGCGAUGAUGGCCUGGAUCACGAGCUCGCCCUGGCGGAGCACGAAGUGGCGAUCAGGGGCACUCGACUGGUCCUGCCGAUGGACGACCCAGUGGAGCUCCCGACCACCGUCACUCUGCCCCCACCGCCCUCCCCGCCACGCUCCGACCCUCGCAGGCACAGACUGUAAGAAGGCUUGCACUGUCAGGAUGCAGUUUGUUUCAAAAAUCACAAAUCAUCUACACUGAUUUCACAAGAAAACAAUCUGUUAGCUGAUUUGUUUGGAUUUUUGAUUGAAACAUCAAACUGUUUUUGUCCCAUGUUGGUGCGGCCACCUCUCUUUCAAACAUUUUUAAAAUCAUCUCAGCUUUGUAACAAACUUGAGGCGUGCUUGAUUUAUCUCACCAUUGAGGUGGAUUACUUUAAUCUUGAAUGUGAAUGCACUGUAUGUAAGGUAAGGUACUGUAAAUCGAGAGCACCUCAAGUUUAUUGGCUGCCUAAAAAUCAUGUGAGAUGCACAUCUAGCCAACAGUUGAGAAGGCUAAACAAAAUGAGGCGGUAAUAUUUGCUCCAAAGUUUGUACUACUGUGGCGAUAUAUGCCAGUGCUGUUAUCUAUGCUCUGUAAAAGCCCCAAACACUCUCGCUGGGCGCAGCCAUCCCCAAAACAGUUUUAUAUGCAGUUUACUCUUUUCUCUGUGGUGACUCCUGACAAAAGGUGUCCUGUAUUUGUCUAGCUUGUGUCAAGUAUUUGUAUGAUGAUCUACAUUAUCUAACAUUAGGGCACAGUUACCCAGAAACUUGGUACCACUAAUUAACAUUCAUUGCUGUUAAGGAGCAUUUAGACUACAGUUACAUUACUAAUCUCACUAAUGGAUCUGGCUGACCUCCUGCUCAGUUGGAUGAGAACGUUCAAAGAGGUAAAAGCAGGGAUUUUGAUCGGCUAAGGAGGAAGCAACUAGACAAGGACAUUGACAUCUGUGAUAGAAGCAAUGCUGGGUUUUUAAUUUUAAAACAAAUAUUUUCCACAACAAGGCUGUGUGUAAAUUAGAGCUGCAGCAGUUAGCUGAUUAAUCAAUUAGCUGACUGACAGAAAUUUAAUUGGCAACUAUUCUGACAUUUCAGUCAUUUGUUAUUAGGUAUCUCGUAUGAUGUCAUUUUUCAAGCAAAAAUGCCAAAUAUUCUCUGGGAUCAGUCUCUCAAAUGUGAGGAUUUUCUGCUUUUCUUUAUGAUAGUUAAUUGAAUGUCUUUGAGUUUUGGACUGUUUGGACAUUAACCUGAGCUUUGUAAAUUGCAUUUUCUCUUUUUUUUUUUUUUUACAGCACAGUAUUCUCAUAGACUAAACAAUUAAUCGAUUAUUAGAGAAAACAAUUGACAGAUUAAUUAAAAUAAUCUUUGGUUGCAGCCCUAAGUUACUGUCCGGCCAAAAAAAAAAAAAAAAACAGCUAUAAAACUCAAACUGCUUCUACAACAGUGUCCAGGAGCAUCUGUUACCUAAAAUUUUAGCACUGCCUCUCUCUCUUCUCCUCUUGAUCAGUCUUUUCACUUAUUGAUUUAUUUAUUUAACACAAAAUGAUUUAUUUAUAUAAUGAUUUAUUUUGUUUAUUUAUUUAUUUAUUGUUUUGUAGUGUGACAUUAAUGAUCAUCUUGCCCUGUUAUUAAUAGGACUGCUUGGUGGUGAAAGGCUGUUGUUAUGAACCUUGUCCCUAAAAAGCACUAUGACUCUUCCCACUGACAGUACAUUGUACAGCAGGGAAGUCAUGAGGGAGGUGGAUAUUCAUUCCAGGAGUUUGUCGUCUUCUACAGUGUGUGCAUGUUAAAAAAAUAUCUCCUUCCUGUACUGUAGCAAAUGCUUCUACUUUAUACUUGGAAACUAGAGCUUCCCUGUGUGUGCAAGUGAGUGAGUGAGUGUGUGUGUGUGUGUGUGUGUGUGUGUGUGUGUGUGUGUGUGUAUGUGUGUGUGUGUGUGUGUGUGUCUCUCUGAUCUGGCCAAAUCUACUGGUGUGGUUAUUAGGGCUAAUGUCUGUUUCUGGGUUUUCUGUCGCAAUCUGGUUCAAUCAUCUUUCUUACGAGAAAAAAACAAAGUUAACUGCCGUGUCUUUGUGAUGUUGUAUCAUCAAAAAUGACUCUGAGGGCUGGCUGAACUGUUUUGAAUUAAAGUGCCUAUUCAGAUAUUCAAUUACCUAAUGUAGAUUUGUAUAUAUUUGAUUUGCUAAUGUGCAGUAAGAUGAUCUUUUUGGUUUUUAUAUGACACUAAAACCCUUUGAUGUUAAAUAUUGUACUCUAAGUAUAAUUAGGCCAUUAGGUGCCAGCCUGCAUUUUAUUAUUUGUUUUUGGUGCAAACUAAAAUAUCGUACUUACAUUAAUGGGAAAUAACUCUAAUAUUUUGCCAGAUAUAAUCAUUUUGUGAAGUGUACUAAAAUGUAUAUUUUGGCUUUUUACAAUUAGGAACUGAAUCUGAGGGUAAAGGGAAAGACAGUAGCACACUGGAGGAUGUCACCGACUUUUUACUGGUACAUCGUUUAUCUGUUUUGCACCUUUUUUGGCGACUGAGCUCGUCUGCUCUGUUCCCACCUCAGUGAGAGAUAUUUCACACCGAGGCAUCUUUUUCUAGAUCCUUGUUUGUCCUGUUUUCUGCUGAGCAGGCCCAUUUCACACACUAAGACUGAUCUUUAUCACUGACUUAGAAAUUAAUUCCUGGUUGUUUUAACUGUCAAGCGGCACAAGUGUUGUCAUUUUAAUCCUCAAAGCGGUAUUCUUAACGAGGUUUGAGUUUCUGUAUAAUCAUCCAGAGAUAAGGACAUGAGUAAAUUAGCAUUUUUCUUUCAGUCUAGUACCUGUUUUCAUUUGUUGUUCUAAUGUGUUUGAACCAUAAAAAGUGUAAACUUUGUUUACAUGGAAAUUUUAAAGAAACAGUUGUAAUCUAACAAUAGCAGCCACAACUAAAACUAAAAAUAUGAAAAUGUUUGACUGUGUUUCUACUGUUUGUAGAAACUGUUCAUGACAGUUGUAUUUGUACACCUGCAGUAGGUCUAUGUGUGAAUGUUUUUAAAAUGUGAACUUAUGUUGACGGAGAAAAAAAUAAUCUCAGAUUUAAUAGAUUUUCCCUGUGUAGUCCUGGAGUUAUUAACAGUGUCUCCUCAGUCAGGUAUCUGAUCCGCUGAGUGUACUGAAGAUAAAUAAAAACAGCUCUUGAAACUGA